AUUAUGAUAGUAGUAGUAGAUAUCAGUGCUUCGGCUUGGGUACAGUGCGUAAAGAGUCUUACUUACCCUUUAUCCGUAGCUUUAUUCCUUUAUUCAAUUUUCAGUUGAGCCCCGCCAGGCGCGUAGGGCGGGCGGCCCUUCAUGCGAUCGCUGCUAUGCUCUUUGUGUGAAUCGCGAUUAACCUACUUGUAAUUACGAUUAUUGGUAUGAUUAUGUAAUUUGAUGAUUGAUCUCAGAGCCUAGGUUUUAUUUACACAGGAAGCCUUUUAAUUAGGUAAAGCCGCUAAGGUGACCUUUCUUUGUUUAGGAUUCAAUGGAUAUCAGCCUUUGUUGGUAAUUAAUUUGAUUGGUCUAUUAAAAAUAUAGGUACGUUAUCAAUAUGUUGGUGCUGCUUGCGCUAUGUGUUCUGGGCGAGGCGGGCGCCGCCGCCAGCGGGCAGUGCGAGCGCGCGCCGCCGCACGCCCAGCCGGCGGACGUGCAUUACAAGCUCAGCGUGGCCGGCGAUCCCGACUUGUUCUUACCAGGAGAACUUUAUAUUGUAUCGGUUCAAGGAGUCGACAGCGGUCAAGGCCCGACACCAUUCGGAAGUUUUGCGAUAUGGUCUGAAAUAGUGGAAGACCCCGAAAAUGAGAAUAUCAACAGUACAAAGACAAGUAACUCCCAUUCGCUCGGAACGUUUCAGGCUUACGACGCGCAAACUAAGCCGCACGAAACUUGCAAGUCAGCUGUGGACAAUGCUACCGCACAUCCGAAAACAGAAGUGCAAGUGAUCUGGAGCGCUCCCACAAUCGCAGUGGACUCGUGCGUGCGAUUAUGCGCUCGUGCGACGCAAAUAGAGGGCACAAAAAGCUCAGUACUUGCGCGCAAGCUAUGCCCUGCGCCCGUCACUGCCACGCUCAGUCGCCAGCCACCGAUCAUUGAGCCAUGCUGUGCUUGUGACGAGGCCAAGUAUGAAGUAACAUUCGAAGGUCUGUGGUCCCGCAAUACGCAUCCCCGCGAGUUUCCGCCCGAGGGCGCGCGGGCGCAUUUCGGUGACGUCAUAGGCGCCUCUCACACGGCGCAGUAUCGCGUGUGGCAAGAAGGGCGAGUCGCCAGCAUGGGCUUGCGUCGGUUAGCUGACGAUGGCACCACCACUGCUCUUGAAAAGGAGCUAAAGGCAGAGAGCGAUCGAAUCCGCACAAUAAUCAAAGCCCGCGGCAUUUCCUGGCAACAAGUCGCCGGGGCGGGAAUCCCCAGCACGUUCGCAGUUUUUCGAGUGGAUGCUAAACAUCACCUCGUGUCUCUCGCCGCGAAGCUUGCUCCGUCUCCUGACUGGAUCGUGGGCGUUUCAGCGCUUGAGCUUUGCAAUGCGAACUGCACAUGGCGCCGAUCGGCCAUCUUACCUCUUUACCCUUAUGACGUUGGCACUGAUAAUGGACUCACUUACAUGUCCCGCCGUAGCCCGACGAUACCCCAAGCUGCAGUGCGAGCUCUGCGGCCGGAGUGGCCGCGCGAUGCCCGCUCUCCGUUCUACAGCACCACUGGGGAGAUGCGACCCAUCGCCCGCCUUCGACUCUCACGACUACGACUUUAUGAGAAGAGCUGUGAUCCUGCAGAACCCGGUGGUGAACAAAUCCCGGAGAAUGUGGUGAGCAGUGCGGGCGGGGCGUGCGCGACGCACGCAUGGGGGCCGUGGGGCGCCUGCAGCGUGACGUGCGGCGAGGGCCGCGUGGCGCGCCAGCGACACUACGUGUGGCCUGCGAAAGCCAAGGCCGACGCUUGCAGAAUAGCUCUCACUGAAUACCGCUCAUGUCGCGGGCCCAGGAUGCAUUGCAGAGUAAUAUCAGAUUACGAGCCCGACCCGGCGGAGUCGAGCGGCCCGUGCGCAGUGUCGCCGUGGUCGCAGUGGUCGCCGUGCGCCGGCUGCGGGGUGCGAGCGCGCACGCGACACUACUUGGUGGCGCGCGCGCACAAACGCUGCCACGUGGGCUUCCGAGCGCGCACCGUCAUGAGCCAGGCCAUGCCGUGCGAAGCAGGGCCUUGUCACAGACCUGGUGAUCCAGCAAAUGCUACAAACUUCGAUUGGUUUUAUAUAGAUAAAGCUAAAUCGGAUUGCAUGAUAACGCCGUGGGGCGGGUGGUCGCCGUGCUCCGCGCGAUGUGGUCGCGGCAAGCGAAUCCGUACUCGCCUCUAUGUGUCACGGGAUUCGCGGGUGCAGAAGGAACUCACUCGGCGACUCUUAAUGAGCUGGAACCAACGAUUUGCUGAAUUGCAGAACAUUGAACUGCCAUUUGAAAAUGUAACAAGUGAUGAUCCCAAAAUAGAGUCGUUAGUGCAGGAGCAUCUAGAUCGUUGUCAGUUUACUUUGACACAGCAGGAGGCUCUUUGCGAUGGCGAAGACUCCAAUUGCGAAAAUGAGACCGUUUCAGAAGAAGUAUGUAAGCUGCCGGUAUCCGUGGGACCUUGUCGCGGGUACGAUGAGCGUUGGUUUUUCGACUCGUCGCGAGGGAACUGUGAGCCUUUUGGAUACACGGGCUGUGGCGGCAACGCCAACAACUUCCGCAAUAGAGACGCCUGUGAACGAGCAUGUCACAGCAACAAGGAAGAAGCUGUUACGCCGUCGCUCAUAGAAGCAAGCACAAAGAAAAUUAAAGCGACGCCUUCAACUGAGGAUAAUGAAGUUAUGCAGAACGAUGCACCACCACCUGACGUCAACUGUGAGAUGGGUCCGUGGCUGGGAUGGAGCGACUGUUUCGGCGAAUGCGACUUCGCAGUCAAACUAAAUUACCGACACAUCCUUCGCCAUCCCUCUGGAUCGGGAAAACCGUGCCAUAAAGUUGUGAAAAGUCGCAUUUGUAAACCCACGCAUUGCAAAAAACUUCUUUUGAACAUUAACAAUUCUUCGGAAAUGUUCAGUGGUGACGAGCGUGAUGACUGAGGAGAUUUGUUAGACUAUUACUAAGCCUCCUAGGACUCUUCAUAUAUUAAAAAAACUCUAGUCCUUAAAGGUGCGCGUAUAUAGAUGUAACUUACAUCAUGUAAGUUAAUGUUUUAAAUUUUAAUAGAUUUUUAAGCAAUUUAUUAAAAUUAGAAUGGUUUUAAACUAAAUGAUGUCAUCACAAUACCAAUCUUAUAGGUUCAUAUUUAGGUAUGUCGAAUUUUAUAGUUAAAUGUGAAACAAGAUAAAUAGAACGUCACUAUGUAGUUAGAUACCUAUUAUGAUAACUAUAAGUUUAUACUAUAUAGUUACUUAAUUAAGUUUCUUGAGAAUAAAAUC